AGCCUUGCUAGAGCAUUGCAUCUUUACUAAAUUCUUUAGAUCUACUGUACCUCAGCCACAGUUUGAAUUACGUAAAGCUCAGUCAUUUGUCCAUGAGGGGUCUUUAUCACUUGCUGUCCGACGAUAGCUACCUGCUUUUCCAACUUGUGUAUCGAACAUAGCCAACAUUCCGGAUGACAUCGCAAACACUUGAGCUGCAGCUUUCUACUAGUGGUGGUGGUCGACUGGCCGAAGGUGUUUACACUUUCGAGCAACUUGCGUCUGCUUCUGCACAAUCUCCUCUUCACUCCGCUACUUCUGUCCAUUUCACGUCGGUGCCAGAAGCCAAUUUCUUAUCACGCGAUUUGAAUGGUGGCAUACAUGUCUAUCGUGGCACAAUAACUGCAUUGGUGGCAAAUUCCGAAGUGCGGCUCAAUGCUAUCUGCAAGAUAGCAAUCGAUUCUGAGGACCAAGAAAUUCUUGAGCGGGAGGAGGACAUGUAUAUCACACACCUUGACAAGUUCCAAGGCGUAGUCGUACCCCACUUCCAUGGUAUGUUUCGGGGUGUCACGGUUCGUUCCUUCAACCGAAGACAGUUCCCUGUCUCCUGUAUGAUCUUGGAAGAUGUGGGGCAUUCUUUACUGGGUAAAUUCUCUGACCAGCCUAUGGUAUGCAAGAAGAACAUACUAGAAGCGCUUCUAAAACUCCACUCCGCCGGCAUUGUACACGGUGACUUCCGCAUACCCAAUGUUGUGAUUGGAGAAUCAAACAAUAUUCGCAUUGUCGACUUUGAUCGAGCCAAGCUGCAUCAAUGCCCCUCUGCCCAUAUGACUCUCGACGACCUCGGAAUUGAUGGCUGGGAGGUGCAGCCAGGUGUAGUAAGUUGUUUUGAGGUACUUCUUGCUUGCGAAAGGAUGGACAUAUGGAUCCCUGGUUCGUGUAUACUUGGCUUUGCUUCUAUUUCACUCAGUGAUGAAAGUUUUGUGCACUAUCUUCUUUCCUAUAUCACUCUAGCAACGAUCCGUUUACAUGGGACCAAUUUUCCCGUGAAGAAUAUACGAUCUUACACAGAUCUUGCGCGUAUCGCUGCAAGGGCUUUCGGAAAGGAGGAAGCAUCUCUCCUUGAAGACGCAAAGGAAAUUUAUGAAUUGUUUAUUGAAUCACACGAAGAUCGUUUACGAGCAGUUGGUUUUCAGGGUCUCAUACCAGCAGCUUAGAUGAUUCACGUACCAUUGACACUAUUGUGACUUUGAUUUCAUUCCUCACAUGCCGACUCUCAAAUAAUAUGUGGCCAGGGAUCAUGGGCUGACCGAGACCUAUGAUGCAACGGACGACGUGCGGCACUGUUGCAACAUAGUGCAUCCUUCACACGGUAGAAGCUAAGUCUGACGAGAACUUAUAUUUCCUCGUUGGAAAACCUCGAACUGGAGCACUGUCCUGACGUGUCCGUGAUACUUUACACACAGACUUGUUUAGAAUGUCGUAGAACCUCGCAUCUGAUAUAGGCUGUGUAUCAAAGACAAACAUCGGCGUACAUGCAGAAUAUAUUUACUAUACUAUGCUUGCUC